AUGCCAUCUUCAAUACCUACAACAAUAUUAUUAUACCUUCUCCUACUAUCCCAUAGCCACCAAACUCACGCUGGUGGUUAUGACAGUGGCUACGCAGCAUCACAUGGUAUUCAAGGCCCAAACGGCGAAGCCAAUGGUCUGAACGGUGGAGCUAAUGGCCUAAACGGCGGAGGCGGUGGAGGAGCCGGCGGAGGCAUUUUCGGCGGCCCAAAAGCUAAUGGAGGUCAAAUACCCAAUGCUUUAGUUAAUGAACCGGUCGUAACCUGUGGUGCUGAAAGCGUAUCGAUUGACUUUACAACUAGUCGCGAGUUUUCUGGCAGGAUAUUUGUGAAAGGGUACUCACAAGACACGAGUUGUUCGUUAAAUGGCAGUGGAGCGAAAAUUCAUGGAUUUUCAAUCAAUUUUGAUCAAUGCGGACUGAGGAGGAAUCGAGAGGUAAAGUAGCGUUUUUGACGUUUUUUUUGUAUUUUUAAAACAGAAUUUUUAUAGAAAUCGAUUUGUUUUUUUAAUUAAUAGGUGGGGGCCCAGAGCCGGGCUCUAGGGGCCCCCAAAGUUGCAAAAAAGUUGAAAGUGGUUCCCUCUGUACAUUUUUCAAAAAAUUUUUUUUGCAAAAAAUUGGCACUGGUCCAUUUUUUCGAUCCCCGUCCCCAGACCAAAAAUCCCCGUCCGGCCAAUGGUAGAGCCAUUUAAUUUUUUUAAUAGUUUUUUAUUUUAAAAAGUAAAGGGAGCUUUUUCUUGCUUUACUCUUUUACUGCCUUGUCCUAACAAUAAACAUUUUAUGUUUUACUGUUUUAAUUGUUAAUUUACAGUCAAACUUCUGUAUAACGAACGGCUCGAGAAUUUGAAAUUUGUUUGUUAUAAAAAAGUUUUGUUAUACAGAAGUUUUUACUACACUGUUCAGUUUCGGCCAGGGAUUUGAAAUCUGUUUGUUAUACAGGAUUUUUCUACAAGACUGCCUUUUUAUGACUAGUUGUUUGACUUAUGUUGACUUAUUUUUAUUUUUAGAUGAACGGAGUAAGCAUAGCAGCAACAGUAGUGGUCUCUUUUCACCCUAUCUUCAUCACUAAAGCUGAUAGAGCUUACAAAGUCAACUGUUUCUACAUGGAAGCGAGGAAGACUGUCAAUCAAAAUUUGGAAGUUAGGUACGUCAUUUGACACUGUAUUUUAUUUUAAAUUUUUUUAAAUUUUUCAAAAAAAUUUUGAAAUUUUUAAAAUUUUAAAAAUAUUUUCGAAAUUUUGAAUUUUUUAAAAAAAUGUGAUUUUUGUUAGCUUUUGAAAAUUUCUAACCCUAAAUUUUAUUUUUUACCAAUUUUGAAAACAUACUCACAUAAAAUUUGUCAUUUCAGUGCAAUAACAACCAAAGCCAUUGACCGUCAAGCUUCAUUGCCAGUUUGUAAGUAUGAAAUCCUGACCGAUGGUCCAAAUGGUGGUCAAGUGCAUUAUGCCAAGAUUGGAGAUCAGGUUUAUCACAAAUGGUCUUGUCACACGGAUGUGGCUGAUGUUUACUGUAUGAAAGUGCACUCAUGUACUGUGAAUGAUGGACAAGGUGGAGAUCCGGUUACUGUGCUUGAUGAAAAUGGGUAAAAUGCGGUUGAAAACAAUGUUUUAAAAAAUUUUAAAUUUUUUUAAAUUUUAAAAAAAUUUUUAAUUUUUAAUAUUAAUUUUUAGCUGUGAAAUCGAUGGCUAUGUGUUACAAAACCUGGAUUACCAAUCAGAUCUAGUGGCUGGUCAAUCAGCAUACGUAUUUAAAUUUGCUGACAAACCUACAUUACAUUUUAAUUGUCAAAUUGAAUUGGCUCUGAAGGACAAAAAUGCCGGCUGUGCUUAUACGGUAAGUUACAGUAUUCUUGUACAGGUUUGGUAGGGUAGAACACGGUAGGGUUUGGUAGGGUACGGUAGGAAACGGUAGGCUACGGUAGGUUACUGUAGAAUACGAUAGGUCACUGUAGGAUACGGUAGGAUACUGUUGGAUACGGUAGGUUACUGUAAGAUACGGUUAGGUACGGUAAAGCAGGGUAGCAUAAUGUAGAGUAAAGUAAAACAAGGUUUUUUUAAUUUUAUUACCUAAAUUUGAAAAAUUAUCUUCAGAAGCCCCAAUGCCAAUCCCCAGCCGACUACUCCACCGGCUAUGGCUCCAAGCCUUCAAACGGAGGCGGAUACGCAGCCUCAGGCAGCUCCUCUGCCAGCUCCGAAGCCUUCCCCCGCCCACCCACGCCCAACUCACCCAACUUUGGCAAUUACCAAGCGACCACGGUACCAUUACCACCAAAAGCUGGUAUGUUCCAAACGGAAGUGAAUCCGAGUAGUUAUUGUAAGUAAUCGACCAGUAAGACGUAUUUUUGGUAUGUUUUAGCUGGUGAAUCGGCUAGCGAAGAGUUCUCGUACAGUGGACUGGGCAAUGGACCGCCGGGCGUGUCACCGCCAACUGGAUACAAGGGCAUGGGUGCUUCACAGGGCUUCACACCUGGCUUGGGCAAGGGCAAGAAUGGAUACAAGAAAGUGGUUAAAAGAGGUAAAAUACGAACAAAAGGAGCAAAAAUUUUUUAAAUGUUAAACUAUUUUAAAAAGUAGUUAAAAAAAGUAAAAUACGCGCUACCAUUGUACUUGAUUUUUAUUUCCAGAUGACACAAACAAGGUUGCCGACUUUGAUCUGCCUGAACAACAACUUGUCGUUAUUGAAAUUGAUGAGGACGAGAAAAGUAAGAUUUUUUUUGCUAUUUUUUACUUUUCUAGUUUUUCAAUUUAAGUUUCAAGAAAUUUUGAACCAUUUUUUGAAAUUCUAAAGACUUUUGAGAUUAGAGCUAAAGCCAAAUUGCAAGAACCUUUCGACCAGAAUUCUUUUAAAUUUUUGAUUAAAAAUCUAAAACGUUUAAAUUGUAGAUUAAAAUUCAAAAUUCUGUAAGUUUUUAGACCAGUUUGACCAAAAUCCAAAAUUCCAGGAAAUUUCCGACCAGAAUCUAAAAGUUUAGGAAAACGUGAACUAAAAUUAAAUUUCCCAAGUAUUUUUGACCAAACUUAAUAUUCUAAGAACUAUUGAACUAUUUUUUAAAGUUAUGUAAGCUUUUGGACAAAUGUUUAAAAUUCCAAGAACUUUUGAACUAAAACUUCAAAUAUCAUGAAAUUUUGGACUAAAAUUCAAAAUUUGAAAGACUUUCGAACCAAACAUGAAAUUCUCUGAACUUUUGGACCAAUUUUUAAAGCUUUUAAAAAUUUUUGAACCGGCUUUGAAAUUCCAUAAAACUCAGAAUUCAAAUUUCCAAAAAAAAUUUUUAUUUUUUUUAAAACAAAAAUUCAAAAUUUUGGUCGAAAUAUCAUUUUCAGAAUCCGAAAACCGAUCAGCGUCAAUCUCUCGCUCGAACCAACAACUAUGUCUGUCAUCCACAAUAUUCGCUGGCCUUUUCGCCGCUUCCGCUUUGCUAUGCGGAAUGAUUGCCGUUUUCUUAUAUUCAGCAUUAAGAAACCAUCGAAGUGCAAUUCAGAAAGGAGCUUGGGGCAUGUGA